GCUUAUCAGCUGAUUUUUAUCAACAUGUCAAAAUUUGUGGUUAUUUGUUUCUUAUCAAAUUGAAAUAUUAUUCUCUGUGUACUGUAAUUGUUUAUUUCGCGUUGGUAUUACGUUAAUAUUUCGCAUUAAAAUAGUUGUUAAUUACCCACGUUUAUUCCCGCAAAAAUGUUCAUCAAACAGAGAUUAAUUACGCUCAAAUUUAACGUCAGUAAUGUUUGAUCAACUAAUUAACAUCUAGGAAGUUUUCUUUAAAGAUGUUCGUAAAACCUCAGGAAGUCCUCAUCGCCAAUGCAUUUUGGGAAACUGAACAAUCUUCGAUAUAUUUCGUGUUGCAACACAGAAAAGGACAUGGCAAUUCGAGAGGCCUGUCUUCACUGCUCGUGGGUACCAUGGAUAGCAUUUUCGAUACAAAACCCGCACCGUACAGGAUCCUCCACCAAACACCCUCAUCUGAAGUAUAUUACCUGAUAGCAUGUGCAAUGACUAAAAAAGAAAUAAUGGAUGAUUGGAACUGGCUGUUCGGCAACGUCUCCGAAACAUUGCAUUGCUUCGACAACGAGGAAGAAAUCACCGAGUUUGUAUCAUGCAAAAUCGAGUCCGUAAUAGCCACAAGACAAAACGUCGAAGUAGAAGUUUUUAAUUUUUUAACUUCAGAUGAAGACACUACGUCCUUUAAGGUCACCACCGAGAAAUUCCACAGGCUUUUUCAAUUGUCCAGAGACGAAAAGUUAGUGAACUAUUAUUCUUGUAGCUACUGGAAGGGUAAAAUCCCGAGGCAGGGUUGGAUGUACCUAUCUAUAAAUUACUGCUGCUUUCACGCCUUCAUCCUCGGCCUGGACACGAAAGUCUGCGUAAGAUGGUCGGAGGUGACGAGUCUCAGCAAAAAGAACGGCGUGAUUCUGCCGGAUUCCAUACAAAUUUGCACGAGAGAAAAGGAGUACAAUUUCAGCAUGUUUCUGAGCCGGAACGAGACCUACUCGCUGAUGGAACAACUCGUUGAUCUGGCGAUGAAACGGUUGAUAGACGAUAAGAGAAGCUACAGCGAAGAUAGGGAACUCCUUAGUAAAUUGAGUAAAAACGUUCCGAAGAAGGCGUCGUUUUUAAAACGCGAUUUAGACGCAAGAGCUCAAUCCGAAGCCUACAGGAUGCUGUUCAGAUUACCGGUUUCGGAAAAAUUGGACGGUUCAAUCGAUUGCACAUUAUUUACACCCUACAACAAGAAACAUAUUAACGGAAGGUUGUUCCUUUCUCAGAACUACGUUUGUUUCGAAAGCAGGGUCAAAGCUCAAGUCAGCGUAGUGAUUCCGUUUAGAGACGUAUCGGUAAUCGAAAAAAUCGAAGCGAACGUAUCGAAUCAACCGCUAGAUAAAGCCAUAAUCGUCACCACCGGAGACGCUUUAACCAGAACAAAUUUCAUAUUCGCACAAAUCCUCGACAGGGAUUUCCUGGUCGAGAAAAUCGCCGAACUACUCGCCAAAACGAUGGAACCGAAAAUAAGCGAUUCGAAGGAGCGACAACACGUCGCGGGAGCCGCCGGCGACGGCCAAGCGAAGCCCGAUUGGAAAUGCGAAUCGGCCCUCAUGAGAACCUUCCCUCUCAGUCCCAUUCCCGACGUGCACAAGAAGCAGGCGCUCAAAUCGCGGCAAUGGGAGGACCAUUUCAACAUAUACGGGCGCGGAGUGUCGAUGUACAGAACUACGGAGGUCGCUGCGCUCGUCCUGCAAGGCGUUCCCGAUCAUCUGAGGAUGGAAAUGUGGCUGUCGUUUUCCGGAGCUACGCACGAGAAAGCCUCCCAUCCGGGUUACUAUCGCAAGCUGGUGGAUAAAGCUCUGCUGCAACAUUCCACUGCCAACGAUGAAAUCGAACGAGACCUGCACCGGUCACUACCGGAACAUCCAGCGUUUCAAAAUCAAAUAGGAAUAGACGCAUUGAGGAGAGUACUUUGCGCCUACGCCCUUCACAAUCCUAGCAUCGGUUAUUGUCAAGCCAUGAAUAUCGUCGCGUCCGUCCUGUUGAUUUAUUGCAACGAAGAAGAAGCUUUUUGGCUGUUAGCCACCCUGUGCGAAAAUCUCCUGCCCGAUUACUACAACACCCGAGUGGUGGGAGCUGUUGUGGACCAAGGGAUUCUCGACGAGCUCACCUUCGAGCAUCUGCCGAGUUUGCACGAUAAACUGAACCAAUUGGGCAUGACUAAUAUGAUCUCGUUGUCCUGGUUCCUGACGAUAUUCCUGUGCGUGAUGCCCUACGAAAGCGCCGUGAACAUAAUGGAUUGCUUCUUCUACGACGGCGCGAAAGUUAUAUUUCAAGUGGCGUUGCAAUUGCUCGAGUGGAAUCAGGAUACCUUACUAAAAUGCAGAGAUGAAGGAGAGGCUAUGCAACAUUUAGCCGAAUAUCUGAUGGGCGUGUUCAACGAUGAAGGUAGAGGAGCUAUAAGAAAUAAAAGUUACGAGGAUCAAAAGAGGAGCAUUUCAAUUCAAGCGUUAGUAUACGAAGCCUAUCGUAAGUACGGUUUCCUCACGACCGGUCAAAUCGAGAGGUUGAGAUUGAAACACCGAUUAAAAGUUGUGCAGGAGUUGGAGGAUACUUGCGAAAGGAACGUGUUGAGAUGCGUGAUUAACGACGGGUAUUUCACACAGGAAGAAUUGCAGGACCUAUUGGGGCUUGUAAGAGAAGAGAUCAUCAGCCAGAAAAAGUGCAUUUCGGACAAGCACGAUCCGUCGUUGCAGCCCUACGAAGCGUACAAAGUCGAUUUCGACUACUUCAAAAUCCUAUUCGCGGCGCUGUCCCCUUGGGGAAAAGGCGCCACCGUCGAAUCCAUAGCCGCUCGAGUCUUCAUAUUGAUGGAUCAAAACCGCGACAACUACCUCAAUUUCCGCGAAUUGGUGACGGCAUUGGGGCUCAUGUGCACCGCCGAACCCGCCCAACGAUUGAAGCUGCUCUACGCCAUACACUUACCGCCGGUGCUGAUCAUGUCCGAUAUCGAAUCGCCGGUGAAGAGCGAUUGCGGCGCCGAAGUCGCCUCCGAGGCCACGGAUUUCUUCACCAACGUCGAACAGAGCGUCACUUUGGACGGAUUGUGUUUGGCUGAAGACAUUUCCUCGCCAGUGACACCGACCUAUCAGUGGCAGAAAUCGUACGAUUCGCAAGCUUCAUCCGAGACGAAUUCAUUUGGGGUGGAAACGAGCUGGGAAUCGAAGAGUAUGUCGAAUUUGCGGAGUUUCGUGCAGUCGAAGGACAGUAAAAUCAAUUUGAAAGCCGUGCCUAAGAUGUCACAGCCGCGUUUCAUCACUUUGUGGAAAACUGUGCACGAUAUACUCCAAACAGAACCCGAAGACUUGGAGAUGUAUCAAGCUAUCACCAACGUGGUCACACUGCUAUUCCAGCUAGGCGAUGUUGGAAAACAGUUUUUUGUAUUCGGAGAAGAGUCUUGUGAUAGUUUGGAUGCUUCAAACAAACCAUUGGUUGAUGAAUCAUCUCCCGAUAAAAACGGGAAUCCGAUAGUGCCAAAAACACAAAUCCAAUGGUACAUAACGGUGGAACAAUUCUUAGCUUCGAUUUUGAACUCCCAACCGCUGGUGGAAUUCUUCUCGAGGCGGGUGGAAAUUAAAGAAAAAAUUCAGCUGUUGAAGGGCAGAAAGUAUUUCAAAUUGAAUUCUUUUCACGAAGUACCGGCUAUAAAAGUUUAAAUUGAAUGUUUCAAUGCGUUUUCCUUGUUUCAUUUGGAUUUGACAUGCAUAGUAUUUCGAACAUGCAGCAAAAUUAGUAAAUUCUAGUGCCUUAAACAAAAAGUUAUUAUGAAUUCCUAUUAUAUUCUGAAACAGCUAUAACAUCAAUCAAUCGUGAGUUAACUUACAAAAGUAAGUCAAAAUUUUGUUAGUUUUAUGUAGCAGCUAGAAAUAUUGUUCAAAGAAUAUACAAAAUAAAGUUUACAAUGUUAAUUGAAUGAUUUUGAGGUACAUGAAUUAUGCAGAAUAGUAGUAUUAGUAUUUUUUACAUUCAAACAAGUUUAAUUGAUAAUUAAUCCUUAGUCGUUUAAAAGGUGCUCAUUUUUUUAUUGUUUUUUUUUUGUCGAGAUUUGCAAUUUUUCUUAAUAGCACUUCUUUUCAUCAUGUUGAGAUUUAAUAUAAAUUGUAUACUAUAAAAUAUGUAUAAUCGUUUGCAUAUAUUUUUUUAUUAUAUAAUUGUAAUAUACUUUAUGAUUUAUU